GGUACGAUCAUUCAAGUGACAGUGACACUUGUAGAAAAUGCUGACAUUAUUGAGCGAAUCCGGACGAUAACCUUCUAAAAAUAAUGGGAUAUUAUUAUUUCAAUAACAAAUAUAAAUUGUCAUCUCUCUUUAUCAAAUGGAAUUACCAUAUUACUGCGUAUUAUGAAAACCGUGAAAAUUUAUUUUACAAGUGAUACAAACUUCUAAAAUGGUUAAAAUUUGGAGGCUGGGUUUAAUGAGCUAUGAUACUGCUCUUAAUAUCCAAUUAGCUAUAGCACGAAAACAUCUCGAUUCAAUUAAGAAUGGCCUGGAUUUUAAUCAUGAUACCCUUUUACUUGUAGAACAUAAACCUGUUUAUACAGUAGGUAUAAGAGACAAGACACCAAACAAUGAAAUUCUCAGGCUAAAAAGUCUGGGAGCAGAUUUUAAGAAAACAAACAGAGGCGGUCUUGUAACUUUUCAUGGGCCUGGUCAAUUAGUUGCAUACCCAAUUAUAAAUUUGAAGUACUAUAAACCAAGUGUGAAGUGGUAUGUAAAUAGUUUGGAAGAAAUUGGCAUAAGAUUGUGUGGUGACUUAGGAAUUCAAGCCAGCAGAUCACCUCACACAGGAGUAUGGGUGGCAGAUAACAAAAUAGCCGCAAUAGGUGUUCACACCUCGAGAUAUGUCACAACCCAUGGUAUUGCAAUAAAUUGUGAUAUUGACCUUUCUUGGUUCAAACACAUAGACCCCUGUGGUAUAGUUGACAAAGGAGUUACAUCAUUGACCAAAGAAACAGGAGAUUUGUGCACAAUAGACAAAAUAACACCAUUGUUUUUGAGUAAAUUUCAAGAUGUGUUUGAAUGUGAGAUAGAAGACCUGGACUUGAAGUCCCAAAAAGAUAUUCUGAGUUAUGUAUAUAAUAAAUUAAUGAAGGAAUUGAUGGUACAAAAUACAGCAUAAAAUAAUUUAA